UUGAAAUGAAAAAGAGAUUCAGAGUAUGGUGGUACAAAGAAGGAGAGCCCCCAUUGUUUCAUAGAGGACCAUUAAAAGACAUCUAUGCCACGGAAGGCCAAUUCAUUGAUAUGUUAGAGAAUGAUGGGAACCCAUUUUCGGCUGAUGAUCCAAACGAUGCCGUUUCAUUUUUCAUUCCAAUUAGUGUGACCAAUAUUAUAUCCAAUGUUUACAGGGCGAAUAAUCACAUUGAUUAUUCACGCUUACGUCUUCAAAACAUUGCUGAGGACUACAUUCGAAUUAUAUCCUCUAGAUAUCCUUAUUGGAAUAGGUCCUCCGGAGCUGACCAUUUCAUGCUUUCUUGUCAUGAUUGGGGACCAGAUGUUUCAACAGCCAACCCUAAACUUUUCAAGAACUUCAUUAGAGUACUUUGCAAUGCAAACUCCUCCGAAAGCUUCCUACCUGUCCGAGAUGUUUCCUUACCAGAAGUUAAGAUCUCUUCCACCAAACUAACUCCACCACUCCUCAACUUGCCUCCUAGUAACCGUUCUAUAUUUGCUUUUUUCGCUGGCGGUGUUCAUGGGCAUGUAAGAGAGCAACUAUUCAAGUAUUGGCAAGACAAGGACAAGGAUAUCCAAGUUCAUGAUUACCUACCUAAAACCCUAAACUACUCCGAGUUAAUGGGGCAAAGCAAGUUUUGCUUGUGCCCUAGCGGCUAUGAAGUGGCUAGUCCAAGAAUAGUAGAGUCUAUAUACCACGGAUGUGUCCCGGUGGUAAUUUCUGAUAACUAUGUCUUACCGUUUAGUGAUGUUCUUGAUUGGAGCAAGUUUUCGAUACAUAUUCCAGUGUCAAGCAUACCGGAAAUGAAGAAGAUUUUGGAAGGUGUUUCUAUGGAUGAGUAUUUGGAAAUGCAAAAACGAGUUGUUCAAGUUCAACGCCAUUUUGUGGUGAAUAGGCCGUCUAAACCCUUUGAUUUUUUUCAUAUGGUAAUGCACUCUUUGUGGAUCAGGAGGCUUAACGUAAAGCUUUUGUAGUUGGUGAAAGGAAAAGAUAUGCCCAUUAGAUAUUAUUAUCUAAUUUGUUCCGUCAGUUACAUUUUAACCUCAAAAUUAUUAUCUAAGAAAGCAGCCAUAUGCCCAUUAGAUAACUUUGUGAGAUCAAUUGAUAGUAGUAUCAAAAUUACCGUUUUCAAGCAAGACUUCAGUUUAAAUUUUUUUAGCAACA